AUGGGUUUAAUAUGGGAAGAUGACUGGGGAGGCAAGCGCGCCAUCUGGGGAGAAGGGGGCGGGAGGCCUGUACAUACGACAACCAUCUCACAGCAGCUGCGGCUGGCGUCCGGAACCCGUCCGAGCAGUAUCGCUGCAGAAACCAUGGCGCCGAUCAGCCCACCAACUGGACUCUCCAGUACACUGUGCAACGCACCGCAUGUUCCUGCAAGUGCUGACCAUGACGGCAAGAAGAGCCGAGCCGGGUCAACGGAUUAUGUCUAUAUGGGGUCAACCGGAGAUGCGCAGGAGAUCUUUCAGUCACCUGCACAUCAGUUCACAUCCUAG